AAAACGAAAGACGUCACUGUUCCUUAAUCUGUGUUUUCUUGACUCGCAGAGAAAUCAAAAGGACAUUAAAGAAAGAGACUUCAUCAGAAAAAACAAAUAACAAAUAACGUCUCCCUCUCAAAUUUCAGUCUAUACGACGUUGUCGUUUCAUUCACGUCCCUGUAUUCCAUUUUGUUGUUGAUUAAAAGUCGCGGGGUUUCCUUAUGAAGCAAAUCGAUUAGGGUUUUGGAAUUGCAGGUUAGUGAUGUCUCAUAGAUCACACGAAAGGGACAUAAGAGAGUCCGAGUUUUACGAGUAUGAAGAAAGGCAUUAUGAAGAUUUGAAGAAGGAAAGAAUUAGAGUCAGAGUUUCAGGUUCAGUUUACAAAUGCCCCUAUUGUCAUGGGAGAGAUUACCAUCUCAGGGAGCUUCUCCAGCAUGCUUCUGAUCUUGGUAGAGGAUCAAGAAGAGGGACUCUAAAAGAGGAAGCUCAACACCUAGCUCUUGCAAGGUAUAUUCGGAGGCAUCUUGAUGUGAAGGAUAGAUCAGAGUCCUCCUCGAAAAGGUUCAAAACUGAACCUCCUGCCGUAUAUGACCAUAAUAAGGAGCAGCUAUUUGUGCACUCUGCAAAAAGGCCCAAAACUGAAUCUCUUGCUGCAUGUGAUCAUGAUAAAGAGCAGCCUUUUGUCCCCUCUGCCAAAAGGCCCAAAACUGAAUGUCACGCUGUACAUGAUCAUGAUAAAGAGCAGCUGCUUGUUUGGCCCUGGAUGGGGGUUCUUGCCAAUAUACAAACCGAGAUGAAGGAUGGACGCCGUGUUGGGGAAAGUGGCUCAAAACUCAGGGAUGAAUUAGCUAGAAAAGGUUUUAAUCCUGUUAGGGUGCAUCCUUUAUGGGGCCGAUAUGGUCAUUCAGGAUUUGCCAUUGUAGAGUUCAAGAAAGACUGGGAUGGCUUCAGUAAUGCCAUUAUGUUUGAAAAGGAUUUUGAUUCGAAUCAUUGUGGAAAGAAGGAAUAUACUGAAACUCCAGUGAGGGAUCGAGGACAGAGGUUAUAUGGAUGGAUUGCCCAAGAGGAUGACUAUAAAGCCAGUGGUCUUGUAGGAGAUCAUCUCAGAAAGAAUGGGGAUUUAAAGAGUGUUGAUGGGAAACAAGCCGAGGACCAAAGGAAGGAUGCCAAACUUGUUUCCAACUUGAAAAGCACCUUAGAGAGGAAACAUGACCACCUUAGAGAAAUGGAGAGCAGAUAUAAAGAGACUAGUGCAUCUUUGAACAAGGUGAUGGAUCAAAAGGAAGCCAUGGAGAAGUCAUAUAAUGAAGAAAUAAGAAAAAUGCAGCAGAAUGAACAUGAUCAUUUUGAGGAGAUUUCUGUUGAGCAUGAGAAGGUCACGCGGCUACUACUAGCUCAGAGAGAAGAAUUGAAGCAGCGCGAGAAGCAACUGCAGCGACGUGAGGUGCAGAAUGAAAAUGAUCGACUGAAACUUCAUCACGAGAAGAAAAUGAAUGAGAGAGCAACCUUGGAGCAGAAAAGGGCAGAUGAAAGUGUGUUGAGGUUGGCAGAAGAACAAAAGAGGGAAAAGGAGAAACUGCACAAGAAAAUUUUUGAUCUGGAAAAGAAGCUUGAUGCUAAACAAGCACUGGAGUUGGAGAUAGAGUGCAUGAAGAAUUCUUUACAAAUUAUGAAACACAUGGGAGAGGAUGAAGACCUUGAUGUCAAGAAAAAAAUGGAUACAGUUCGAGAAGAAUUGAAAGAGAAGGAGGAAGAACUGGAUGGAUUGGAGCAACUUAAUCAAGCCCUUAUCAUCAAGGAACGCAAAACCAAUGAUGAAUUGCAGGACGCUCGCAAAGAGUUAAUAAGUUACUUGGGGCAAUGGACAACCCGUGCUUUUAUUGGUGUUAAGAGAAUGGGAGAUCUUGAUGGCAAACCAUUUCAUGAGGCAAGCAAGAUAAAAUUUUUAGAUGAAGAAGCUGAUGAGAAAGCACUUGAGUUGUGUUCACUAUGGGAAGAUCGUCUUCGAGAUCCGAGCUGGCAUCCAUUCAAGGUCAUCCUUGACAAGGAAGGGAAUAGUAAGGAAAUAAUCAACGAAGAUGAUGAAAAUUUGAGAAGUUUGAAGAGUGAAUUUGGUGAUGAAGUUUUUAAUGCUGUGGUAACAGCAUUAAAGGAAAUGAACGAGUAUAACCCAAGUGGUAGGUACGUAAUAAAAGAGCUAUGGAAUUUCAAAGAGGAAAGGAAGGCAACACUGAGUGAGGGAGUGAUGCACAUAUUAAAGCAGUGGAGACAGCUUAAGAGAAGGAAAACCUGAGACUUGCAUUUUAUAUCAAAUAAGCUACUCCAUUGCAGUUCUGAAAAAGAAAACCGUGGCUUUUUGUCAGAAUUACAGCCAGAAAGCGCUCUUUUGUCAGGCAUUUGGCCCUGUCAGAAUUCGCCGGUUUUUUGGUGUAUUUUGGAAUGCAGAUGUGUAUGCAGGAUUCGCCGGUCUCUGCAUUUUGGUGUAUUUUGGAAUGCAGAUGUGUAUGCAGUCACCCUUGAACUUGUACGUGAUACACUUAGUUGAUGUUCAAUAUGUCUAUUCCUUCAUUGGGAAUCUGGGAUCUUGGCGUUGUUAAGAUUUUAGUGAAGUAUACAGGUUUUUGAAAACUACUUUGGGUGAUCAAAUAUCUAGGAUUUCUUUCUUGUAAGCCAUCUGGAUGUGCUGGAAAUGUGUGAGCUGAUGUGUUUAAAAAAUGACAAUUCUGAUGGUUAA